AUGGAGCUGUCUGCUUCUCUGCCUCCCCCCUCUCCCUUCACCUCCCCCCUCAUCCCUAACUCCUCGGCUCCCUCCUCCUCCUCCCCCUCCAUGUCUCCGUCCCCCAGCCUGGCCUCCACGGCUCUGUUCUGCUCCCUCCUGUCCCUGCUCUCCCUGCUGGGCAUCUUGGGGAACCUCUACACUCUGGGCCUCCUCCUGAGGCGCCGGCGCGGCAGGAGGAGACGGGGAGCGUUCCCGACCUGCUGCCUGACCCGACUCCCCGUCCCGUCCUGCCUCGCCGGCUCCGCCUCCCCAUCCUCCUCCCCCACCUCCUCCUCCUCCUCCUCCUCCUCCUCCCUCCACCUCCAGGUGCUGAGCCUGGCCCUGGCCGACCUGCUCUACCUGUUCACGGCUCCCUUCAUCGUCUACGACAGCCUGGCGUCCGGCUGGGCCUUCGGGGAGCUGGGCUGCCGCCUGCUGCUGAGCCUGGACCUGCUCACCAUGCACGCCUCCAUCUUCACCCUGACCGCCAUGAGCUUGGACCGGUACCGGGCCGUGGCCCACCCGCUGCACACGUCGUCGUCCAGCUCGUCAGGGCUGCUGCGGGUGGGGCUGGCCUGGGGGCUGGCGGUGGCGCUCAGCCUGCCCAUGAUGAUCACGCUGCACCUGGAGGACGGCGAGGACCAGGAGGGCCAGCUGUGCGUCCCGGCCUGGGACGAGCAGAGCUCCAAGGCCUACCUGAGCGUCCUGUUCUGCACCAGCAUCCUCGGGCCCGGCCUGGCCAUCGGGGCUCUGUACGCCACCCUGGGCCGGCUGUACUGGGUGUCGCAGACCCGGCCGGCCUGGGCCACCAGCGGCAGCACCGCCUGUCCUCCCCGAGCUCCCAAACCCAAAGUCCUGCUGCUCAUCCUGGGCAUCGUUCUGGCCUUCUGGGCCUGCUUCCUGCCCUUCUGGAUCUGGCAGCUGCUGCCCCUGUACCAGCCCGACAUGCUGCAGACGGUACCGGUGGGCACACAGGUGACGGUGAACCGGAUCCUCACCGGGCUGACUUACGGGAACUCCUGCGUGAACCCGUUCUUCUACACACUGCUGACCGGAAAACGGAAACGCAACCGGCCGGCGCUGACGUCAGCCAACCAGCUGAGCAGGAAGAGCAGCCCGCUGCAGUAG